AUGCACAAACAAGUUUUGUUCUCCAAAGCUUCAAGUCAAAUGAAUAUGAUAUCUUAACAUCAGCAUAAACAUUAGCAGCAAAAGCAUUAAAUGAUGACUAAUCCUAGUGUAAUCAAUGGACCAUGGAGCUCAGCUUAGAAGGAAGAUGAGUAUACACAAUUCAUGAACUCUGGUAUGUUUCACUAUUAACCACAAAAUUAAGCGCCAUAAAUUACUGCAAGCUUGUUAUCUUAACCUUAACAUCAAACUAUACUAAAUCAAUAGCAGUAACAAUAAUAGCAUCAACAAAGUUAGAUACAAUAGAUCUAGUAGUCCCUGCCAAUUUAAUUUCAACCUCCUUAGCCAACUAUUCAAGCAACAAUUUAGCCUAGUAUUGCAAAUGAAAAUUCAUCUGUGAUGACAACUCAAACUGAAUGCUCUCAGUACUCUUUUAGUGAAAGAUAUAGAAUCAUUUCAGAACUUGGAUAAGGUUCAUUUAGCAGAAUAUUUAAAGCAUAUGAUAGAGACAUGAAUUUAGAAGUAGCUUUGAAGAUGGAGAAGGAGGAUAAAGCAAAGAGAAUACUUUAGACAGAAUAUUAAUAUCUUAAAAAACUACAAGGACAAUCGAGAAUCGUUUAAGUCUAUAAUUUUGUUGAGUUUGAAUCGCAAGACCAAUAAAACUUUAUUGUAAUGGCUCUUAAAGGAUAAAAUCUUGGACUUUAUAAAAAAAAUCAGAGAAGCUUUAAUGAUUCUCUGGCUGCAGAUUUACUAGUUUAAAUGCUUGAGGGAAUUCAGUAGGUUCAUCAAGCAGGAUUUAUUCAUCGAGAUAUAAAACCAGGGAACUAUAGCAUAUGCAAGCAUUAAUGCUCACAAUAAAGAGGAAUUAUCAAGAAGAGAUGA